AUGGCAGCAACUCUGCUUGGUCUUCUGGCUCUGCUUGCCGUGCCAACGGCGGCAGACUUGUUCCCAGAUUGUGUCCAUGGACCUCUUGCAAACAAUCCAGUCUGUGAUACUUCGGCCUCGGUGGCAGACAGAGCCAGAGCGCUUGUUGGAGCCAUGACUCUUGACGAGAAAUUCAAUUUGACGGGCAACACUUCUCCGGGAGUGCCACGUCUAGGAAUCCACAGCUAUCAAUGGUGGCAGGAGGCGUUGCAUGGCGUUGCGAGUUCUCCAGGUGUGACCUUCAGCCCAAAUGGAGAGUACUCUUAUGCGACUUCCUUCCCACAACCCAUCCUGAUGUCAGCGGCCUUUGACGAUGCAUUAAUUCAUGCCGUCGCGACAGUUAUCAGUACUGAAGCGCGUGCCUUCAACAAUGCCAACAGAAGUGGACUGGACUAUUGGACACCCAAUAUCAAUCCGUACAAAGAUCCUCGUUGGGGCCGGGGCCAGGAGACUCCAGGAGAAGAUCCUUUCCAUCUCAAGUCGUAUGUUGCUUCCCUCAUCAACGGUCUCCAAGGUGGUCACGAUCCAGCGAUCAAGAAGGUGGUAGCCACAUGCAAGCAUUUCGUAGCCUACGACCUGGAGAGCUGGGGGACCACAGACCGAUACAACUUCGAUGCCCAAGUUACUACUCAAGACCUUGCCGAGUACUACAUGCAGCCGUUCCAGACCUGUGCCAGAGAUGCAAAUGUUGGCUCGAUCAUGUGCUCUUACAACGCAUUGAACGGCGUGCCCACUUGCGCUGACCCAUACAUUCUCCAAACCAUCUUGAGGGAGCAUUGGAAUUGGACAGGCGAGGGUCAGUAUGUGACCUCUGAUUGCGACGCAAUUCAGAACAUCUACAUGCCGCACGACUAUACAACAUCUCGAGAACAAGCUGUCGCCGAUGCCUUGAAAGCAGGGACUGAUCUCAACUGUGGUACAUACUAUCAAACACACCUCCCUGGAGCGUAUGAAAGGGGGCUUUUCACCGAAAGCAUCCUAGAUCAGACCUUAGUCCGUCUCUACUCUUCUUUGAUACGCCUAGGGUAUUUUGAUCCGGCAUCCGCCACUCCAUAUCGCUCCCUUGGCUGGAAGAAUGUGUCGACCCCGGCAUCUGAAGCCCUUGCAUUGAAGGCCGCCGAGGAAGGCAUAGUCCUCCUUAAAAAUGACGGCACACUGCCGUUGUCAUUGCCAACAAACAGGAACACUACCAUUGCUCUGUUUGGAGAGUGGGCAAAUGUGACGACGCAGAUGCAAGGAAACUACUAUGGCCAAGCACGGUUCCUUCAUGGACCACUCUAUGCCUUGCAACAGUUGCCUCGCGUCAAUGUUAAGUACACCAGUAGCCAAGGCUACAUUAACUUCCCUACCACGGAUAACUGGGAUGACCUGAUCUUGGCUGCGGAGGAGGGCGACAUCGUGAUCGUUGCAGACGGCAUCAACGAUGACGACGAAAGUGAGAGCUUAGACCGGUACGACAUCAGCUGGGCACCGGGAAAGAUCGAUCUGAUCAACCAGGUUACCGCGCUGGGCAAGCCAGUCAUCCUCCUUCAGAUGGGUGACCAGCUCGACGACACUCCGUUCUUGAAUAACCCCAAUAUCUCAGCUAUCGUGUGGGCAGGGUAUCCCGGCAUGGCGGGGGGUGACGCUCUCAUUAACAUCAUCACGGGCAAGGUAGCCCCGGCGGGAAGACUGCCAGUCACACAGUAUCCUGCCAACUACGUUGACCAGGUAGACAUGACGGACAUGAGCCUGAGACCAAAUGCGUCGUCUGGCAGUCCUGGAAGAACAUACAAAUGGUACGACAACGCGGUCCUUCCGUUCGGAUAUGGCUUGCACUAUACCAACUUCUCUGUGUCGGUGGCCCAGCCAUCGCAGUCAAGUUACAACAUCACCAAGCUGGUAUCGAGCUGCGACCGCUCGACGUACAAGUACCUCGAUCUGUGCCCGUUCAGCACGUUCGAAGUCAACGUCACCAACACGGGAAAAGUGGCGUCAGACUUUGUGACGUUGGGAUUCAUCAGUGGCCAGAAUGGACCUGCGCCAUACCCCAUCAAAGAGCUGGUCGCUUAUCAAAGACUGUUUAAUAUCACGGGACACUCGUGGCAGAGCGCGGCGCUGAAUUUGACGCUGGGCAGUCUUGCUCGGCGCGAUCAAAAUGGAAACCAGAUCUUGUAUCCUGGAGAUUAUGGAUUGCUGGUGGAUGUGCCGACCAAGGCCAUGUUGAACUUCACCUUGACGGGCAGCACAGUGACGCUUGAUCAGUGGCCACAGAGGCCCACGAGUGGAUGA